UCCAAAACUAGUUGUGCUUUGCUCUGCAGGCUCCACAUAUUUCUCCUUGUCACUCUUAAUCUGCUAGUCAAGAUCAGGAAGAAGAAAGGAAAUAAUGGGAGGAGGCAACGGCCAGAAAUCAAAGAUGGCUCGCGAAAGGAACAUGGAGAAGAAUAAAACUGCUAAGGGAAGCCAGCUGGAAUCAAACAAGAAAGCCAUGACAAUCCAGUGCAAAGUGUGUAUGCAGACCUUCAUAUGCACCACAUCAGAGGUAAAAUGCAGGGAACAUGCUGAAGCGAAGCACCCUAAAUCCGAUGUUUAUGCAUGUUUCCCCCAUCUCAAGAAAUAAGUUUAAUAUCCUAAAUUUAGGAACCUCAUCUUCCAUCCCCUAGUAUCUUAAUAUGUGUGGUGAUUUCAGCAACAAUCUUUCCAAUUUCUAGGGUUUCAAGUUCCAACUGAUUUGAAAUUGAAACCUUGUGGAACAUGUCAAAUACCGUGUCAACUACUACUAUGUUUAUAAAUUAUGAUCACAUGGUCCUGUCUAACUCCUAA